UUACCUUUUUAUUUCUCCUUUGCAUGGUGGCAUGACAUUACCUUUUUAUUUCUCUUUUGCAUGGUGGCAUGACAUUACCUUUUUAUUUCUCCUUUGCAUGGUGGCAUGACAUUACCUUUUUAUUUCUCCUUUGCAUGGUGGCAUGGCCUUUUUAUUGUAAACAUUAGCAACUGAGUACAUCACUUUUUGGAGAGGACAUGUGCAUUUAUCGCCAGGAAAUAAUGAUUUAAUCAGCACCAUCUAGUGGUAAAUAGAAAGUACGGCAUCCGUGGUCUGUCGCUUUGCAUUGACGUAGAACACAUGCGUUUUCCAGCAUGGCGACAUCCAUAGUGUAAAGCAACGGGCAAGGACCGAAACGGACCGGACUUUUCAAAUGUGGGUUAUUAUUCUCCAUCAAAGUUCGUUGUGAAAUCGAGUCACUGUCAGCAUCAUAUGUCAUUUGUCAAGUGUCACUUAGUGAUUUGAAAAAGCAUUGAACACUGAAUGCAACAUGCUGGUGUCAUGAAAACACUGUCUACAUGGUACCAAUUCAGCACACACAGUUUUACUCCACUUCGCACUGAUGUCUGUUGGAUUUCAGUUAGGUGGGUCUCUUUUCACACAAAGACUGGUGCGGAUAUGUGUCACCUGCAUUGGCCAGCAGGGAUACAGGCAGCUCCUUCCCAAAAGUCGACUCCCUACAUGUACACUGUACACAAGGAGCUUUGGGACUGAUCCUAAGGGGGAGAAAGGGGAAAAUGAGAACUGGAGCAAAACAACAGACAACCUUGACCCCUCACCCCAGACUCUAACCCCUAUGCACACCCAGGGAAGAGGUUUGUUUGGUAAAAGGCGACCACUCUCACCCUUGGAGAGGAUUAGCCGCCUUUUGCCUCAGGACUCACUAGCCCCAGAAUUGUUGGCGCUGAGAGAGAAGGAGAACCCGGAAGUGGAACAGGGGGAACCUGAUGGGGUUGGGGUUCAAAAAGACCACAACACUUCAGCAGCUUCAGUGACUGAGACUAAGACCCACAGCUCACAAGGAGAAGUAGAAAGUGCAGAACCACAGGUGCACAUAGGACAUGACACAGUUAGACCGAGAGAAGAAAAAGAGGAGGGUACUGUCAUUGAUAACACAGUACUAGAGCCAAAUGGUUGCCCGAUUCUCAGAGAGGUAACAAAUUCUUCACAAGAGGAGGGAUACGUGACUCCUAUGACUCCCACCCUUCUUCCCGGGGAGCAUUUACUCACUUUUGGGGAACUGCUGUUGGCGGAGUACCGGAAGAAGGGCCGCGUGGAGUUUAGGAAGAUGUUUCAGCUGCAGGAUGGGCAACGUCUCCAGAGCAGUUGGGGCACCAUCGGACACAGUGACAUCGUCGGCCGCCACGCAGGAGACUUCAUUCGGACCAUCCACGGGACACCCAUCCUUAUACGGCGGCCCAACCUGGAGGAAUACGUGCUUUAUAUGAAGAGGGGGCCGGCAAUCGCCUAUCCAAAGGAUGCCAGUAUGAUGCUGAUGAUGAUGGACGUCACAGAGGGAGACUGUGUGUUGGAGUCAGGCUCCGGGUCAGGGGCCAUGUCGCUUUUCCUGUCCCGAGCUGUGGGCUCCAAGGGCAGUGUUAUGAGUGUGGAAAUCAGGGAGGACCACCACAGACGAGCCGUGCUCAACUACAACCGCUGGUGUUCCUCCUGGAUCCUGCGGCGAGGAGAGGAAUGGCCCGACAACGUCCAGUUUCAUAACUCUGACCUGCAGGGGGCAUCCUUGCUCCUCGCCGGGCGAGGGUUUCACUCUAUUGCUCUGGAUAUGAUAAACCCUCAAUUGGUUUUGCCCACUGUGACUCCACAUCUCCAUCCUGGAGCAGUUUGUGCUGUCUACCUAGCCAAUAUAACGCAGGUCAUUGAUCUACUGGAGGGCCUCCGAUGCUCUGCCCUCCCCCUGCUGUGUGAACGUAUCAUCGAAGUGCAGCUCAGGGAUUGGCUGUUGGCUCCGGCAAUCCAGAAAGAUGGGCGGUUCUGCCGCAGGAAAGCUCCUCCCUCAGCGAGAAACCAGGAGGAAGGGGAGAAUAACAAGUCGGAUGAAGAAAAAGAAUACACAAGCAGUCCGGAACCCGCACCAUAUGGGAGUGUCCCUUACAUUGCUCGACCUCACCCGGAACAAGCUAGCCACACGGCAUUCCUGGUGAAACUGAGGAAGAGUCAGGGGUAGCUAGCCUCCGAAGACACAUCAGAAGAGCGAUUGGGUGUAUUAUAUUCAGAAAUGUGAUUUGGUACUGCAGAGAAAUGUAGUUGCCCUAUAAUCAGUCUAGAAAUUGAAAUUCAUACUGCUUGACAACACACCAAAUAUAAAGACUCAAUAAAACACCAAA